AUGAAUAUACCGAUGAGAGAUCCAGUAAUCCCUGGGACAAGCAUGGCUUAUCAUCCUUUUUUACCUCACCGGGCACCGGACUUUGCCAUGAGCGCUGUGUUGGGACAUCAGCCUCCCUUCUUCCCCGCUCUGGCUUUGCCUCCCAAUGGGGCAGCCGCCCUCUCCCUUCCCGGGGCUCUGGCUAAACCCAUCAUGGAUCAGUUAGUGGGGGCUGCAGAGACUGGUAUCCCCUUUUCUUCCCUGGGUCACCAGGCAGCAGCCCAUCUGAGGCCUUUAAAAACUCUGGAGCCAGAAGAAGAGGUGGAAGAUGACCCGAAAGUGCAUCUGGAAGCCAAAGAGCUUUGGGAACAAUUCCAUAAAAGAGGCACGGAGAUGGUGAUUACCAAAUCGGGAAGGAGAAUGUUUCCUCCAUUUAAAGUGAGAUGCACUGGACUGGAUAAAAAGGCCAAGUACAUUUUAUUGAUGGAUAUUGUGGCGGCUGAUGAUUGUAGGUACAAAUUCCAUAAUUCCCGGUGGAUGGUAGCCGGCAAAGCUGACCCUGAAAUGCCAAAGAGAAUGUACAUCCACCCGGACAGCCCGGCCACCGGCGAACAAUGGAUGUCCAAAGUCGUCACCUUUCACAAGCUGAAGCUCACUAACAACAUCUCUGACAAGCACGGAUUUACCAUCCUGAACUCCAUGCACAAGUACCAGCCCCGGUUCCACAUCGUCCGAGCAAACGAUAUCCUCAAGCUUCCCUAUAGCACGUUCAGGACCUACGUUUUCCCGGAGACUGAAUUCAUCGCAGUGACCGCAUACCAGAAUGAUAAGAUCCCCCAAUUAAAAAUUGACAACAACCCCUUUGCCAAAGGUUUUCGGGACACCGGGAAUGGAAGGAGGGAAAAAAGGAAGCAGCUGACCCUGCAGUCCAUGCGGGUGUACGACCCGCCGUCGGCCCCUCCAGCCUCAAAGGAAGUGGUUACAUUUAAAUCCCUGGCCGAGCGGGAAACCUCUCUGUCCCCUCUCCCAGCCCGGCGGGGGUUUAGGGACGUGCAGCGCCGGAUCCCAGCCCCGGGCUCCCUUUGUCUUGCAGAUCUUUGCCCCAGCGAGGGAGACAGCGAUGCAGACAGCAAAGACGAUCCCUUGCUAGAGGCCAACGAGUCGGGCAAAAUCAGCACGACCACCGCCACCACCCCAGCGCCGGCCAGCUCCGCCGCGGCCGUGGGAGACGACCCCCGGGAGAAGGGGGGCAGCCCCUCCAAAAGCCACUUUUUCCCCGGUGACUCGCCCGGCAUCCCGCAGCUCCAGAUUUCUGCGGCCGGACCGAGGGUGCGAGGCCGCUUCCCUCGCUAG